AUGAAUUAUUCAUAUAAUUAUGAAUUUGACGAAGAAUCAUCAGAAACAACUCAAGCAGGAGGAUUCGCAACAGGUCAAGAACAACAUCAUCCACAACGUCUCACACGUGCUCAAGCUGCAGCUCAACAACAAUCACAGCAAGAACAACAUGCAACAAAUUCAUCACCACAUUAUAAUCAUCAAUAUUCUAAACCAAAAUCACAAAUCUUUGUAGAUUUUGAAAAUAAACCAUUACCUUUUUAUAUUCAAGAUGAAGAACCUGAUAAAAUAAAGUAUCAAGAUUUAAUUCUUAAAAAUGGUGGGAACUUAGUUGAAGGUGGUGUUGAAAAUUUAGUUUAUUUAUCAAGUAAAGAACAUAUGGGUGGAUUUAUUAGAAUUUCUUAUAUUGAUGAUUGUAUUAAAGCUGGUCAUUUAUUAAAUACUCAAAAUUAUAUUAUUCCAACAUUAUCUGAAGAUGCUGAACCAAUGAUUGAUGUUUUAGGACUUGGUUCAAAUGUUGAUAAUAAUAAUCAAAAUGGUUUAGCUCAAUAUAUUCAAGAUCAACAACAACAGUUACAACAACAUCAACAACAGCAUCAAGAACAACAACAGCAGCAGCAACAACAAGAACAAGCUCAAACUAGUUCUUCACAACAACAACCUGCUGCAACUCAACCCUCAACCCCUUCUCAGUCUCAAUCUCAACCACCAACACAAGCUUCACCUACUAGAAAAAAAUCUGGAAAUCAAAAUAGAUUUUCAACUGAAAAAGAUGAAUAUAUUUUGGAACAAGUUCGUAAAAAUCCCAAGUUAAGAAAUUCUCAUGAAUUUUUCAGUAAAUUAGCAACAACAGAGAUGUUAAGUAUGCACACAGGUCCAUCAAUUAGAAGUCGUUAUAGAAUAUACUUAGAAUCAAAUUUAAAAUAUGUUUAUAAGACAGAUGAUCGUAAUAGAUUAAUCAAAGAUUCGAAUGGUGAAUUAAUUAAAAUCAGUACGGAUGAAUUGCCAGAAACUUUAAGAAAUAAAUUCACGCCAGAAGAUGAUUUACAUUUAUGUUUACAAGCUGAAGAAUGGAGUAAAGAAGUCUGUAAACAAAAUAAUACCGUUUAUGAUCCAUAUCCAAAAAAAUCAUUACCAUAUUCAUUUUUUAAUCAAUUAUAUAAAAAAUUUCCAAGACAUACUUUAAAUUCAUGGAGAGAUAGAUAUAGAUAUUUUAUUACUGAUGGUACAAUUGAACAAUUUAAAAAAUAUUAUAAUGAUUGUAUAACCAAAAAUCAAAUUCCUAAAUGUUUGAAAAGAGUUCCUAAACAUUUGACUGAAUUUACAGCAAAUGUUGAAAAUUUAAGACAAGAUAUUGCUUCAAGGGAGUUAAGAAGUGCUGAAAGAGUGGAAAAUGAUAGAAGUCAAGCAGCAGCUGAAGUACAACCAGAUAAAGAAGUAAGUAAUGAAGUUAUUGAUGAAGAUAUUUUAUUUGUUCAAGAAGCUGAAAUUAGAGCAAGACAAGAUAUUGCAGCACAAGAUAAAGCAGAUGCUGAAAAAAAGAAAAAAUUACAACAACAACAACAACAACAACAAGAGGAAGAAUCUGCGUUAGAUGAAGAAAUCGGUGAAUUAAAAAGUUCAAAUAUUGAUGAUGCUUUAAACAGAAAUAAAACAGAAGAAAUUGAAGUACCAAAGUUGAGUGCUGUUGAAACAUUUGAAGAAGAACAAGAACAAGAGAAUGAUAUUGAUCUUGGUAAAUUUGAUGGUGAUAGUGUUGAAUCAUCAUCACCAGCUAAAAAGAAAAGAAAAUUAAAUGAGCUUGCAGCAAGUGAACCAGAACCAAUUGUGAGUGAUAAACAAGAGCCAACACAAGAAGAAGAGCAAGCGGUUGAAGAAGAUAAAGAAUUAAGUAGUGAUAGUGAUGAUGAAAAUAAUGAAUUUUUCACAGCUCCAAAAGCUCCAAGUCAAGAAAUAGUAGAUGAUAUAACACAAUUAGAAGAAGAAACACAACAACAAGAUGAGAAAGUAGAAUCACAAACCCAACCUCAACCACAACCACCAUUACAACAAACUUCUGAUUCUACUCAAUCAUCAUCACAAUCAACUAUAAUAUUAAAUUAUUUAAAACCAAAUACAAAAUUAAUUGAAACAAUAAAUCCAACUGAAUUUUUCCCAUUUGCAGAUUUAGAAAAUCCAAAAGAAAUUUUAAAUAAAUAUUUAUCAGAAACUGAUAAUAUUAUUACAAUAUAUCAAAUUUUAAAUAAUUUUGGAUUAAAAGAUAAUUUAAUAAGUCAUAUAAUUUAUUCAAGUUCAGCAGAAACAUCAACUAUAAUUAAUUAUAUUUUAAAUUUUAUUACUUUGUUACAAGAUGGUUUAUUACCUGAAAUAGAAGAUAAUCAAUUAGAUGAUCAAGAAAUUGAAGUUGAUUGGGAAAAUAAAAUUAUUGAUAAUUAUUUACCAAAAACAAAUAUUUUUGGAUUAUGGAAUUUACAAAUGGAUAAAUUAUUAUAUUCAAAACAAGAAAAAAAAUUAAAAAAAUUUAAAAAUGAUGAAGAAAUUGAAAAUAGGAAAACUUUUAUAAAAUCAAGUUUACAAGUUGAUGAAAAUGAGGCUUGA